CCACCAAACCACCCUGGGAAGUCCCCCAAACCGAAAUUGAAUUUGAAUAAGGCGCAAUCACCAUUCACCAACCCUCAUUUGCUUCCACGAUUGGUAUCUUAUUACCAAUCCUCUCGGGAACCCAUCGUCGUCUUCAUCCGACUCCUGCCUGCAUCUCUUCUCUGCAAUAAUGGAGGCAAAGCUACUUCGGACCAGUCCUCUUAGAGUUCAAAGCCUCUAUAUCUCCCGGCCCUCAAGGAUCUGUGCCGUCGUCUCUCAGCACAAAUUGCGUAAAGGAUGCAGCUUUCGGUCCCUCAAUUCGAAGGAUGGCAUUCGCCCUAUCAAAGCCGUUGCUACUUCCCCUGGAAUGGGAAAGAAAAGUAGAGUAGACGAGACAGAGAGUUAUACUCUGGAUGGUAUUAGAAGUUCUUUAAUUCGGCAAGAGGAUAGCAUUAUAUUUAGCCUUGUGGAGAGAGCUCAGUAUUGCUACAACCCCGAGACAUAUGACCCCGAUGCUUUUACAAUGGAAGCCUUCCAUGGCUCGUUGGUGGAUUACAUUUUGAAAGAAACUGAGAAGCUUCAUGCUAAGGUUGGAAGGUACGAGAGCCCUGACGAGCAUCCUUUUUUCCCAGAUGAACUGCCUCAACCCAUGUUACCACCCCUUCAAUACCCACAGGUUUUGCAUCCAUCUGCGAAAUCAAUCAAUAUCAAUGACAAAAUAUGGGAUAUGUACUUCAAAGAUAUUCUUCCAAGAUUAGUGAAAAAAGGGGAUGAUGGUAAUUGUGGAUCGACUGCAGUUUGUGACACUCUUUGCCUGCAGGCGCUCUCGAAGAGAAUUCAUUAUGGAAAAUUUGUGGCUGAAGCAAAAUACCAGGCGUCGCCUGAAGUUUAUAGCGCAGCGAUUUUAGCACAAGACAGAAAAAAGCUGAUGGAACUGCUGACCUAUCCAGCAGUCGAAGAGGCAAUAAAAAAUAGGGUAGAGGUGAAAACUAGAACAUACGGUCAAGAGGUUACAAGCAGCAUUGAGGGGGAUAAAAGUGAUCCUGUAUACAAGAUAAACCCUAGCCUAGUUGCUGAUCUUUAUAGGGACUGGAUCAUGCCAUUGACAAAGGAUGUUCAGGUUCAAUACCUAUUGAGAAGACUUGAUUAAGUAAAAAAACAAUGGCCUGAUAAAAAUCUGUUGCCACGUUGUGCCAUUCUGGAAUCUGGAUAGCCAAUUUGAUGCAGAUAUGUUAUUAUGUGUUUAAUGCACGACAAUAGUUUCCCACACCUAAAUGUGUAACAUGCAUGCCCCUUAUCGUAUGAUAAGCUGGUCAUGUACAACUUUUGAGGUACAUUAAGGGUCCG